AUGCCACUUCCAACAACGGACUACUCCAUAGCAACUCAAAUGGAGUCCCCGUCGCCCGAGGAUGAAUUGUUGAUCAUACUUCUCCGAAACCUCCAAAAUGCAGCAUCCACGUUCGGUGAAGGAACGCCUCCAUAUGAAAGCGUGAGGGCGACAGUAGAGGACCACCUCAGAGAGAUGCGGAAACAGAAUAAACCAACGAACAUUACCAAGGCUCGAGCGGUGCAGACACGACAAAAAUCGGACGAUGACAUAGUGCUUCCUGCCAUGUUUGAAAACUUGGCGAUUCGAACCAAAUCUAGUUCACAAAAUACAAAGUAG